UGUGGCUAGUGCAUGCGCUGCAUUGCUGCUGGCUUGCUUGCUGCUAGAAUUGCAUACUUGCAUCCAUACAUGCGUGUUGGCAAGUUGCUGCUUAUCUGCUCGAAUUAUUAUGCCAAAGUCUGAAAUCAUCCAUUUGCGCAGAAGGCGCAGGAGCCAAGGAGUUGAAGUUUAGAAGCCCUAAACUGGCCUUUACACGGUACCUUGCGAUAUCCAGGAGAAGACGACGCGGAGCAGAAGGACGAAUAUGACAGGUGGCGAUGUGCGAUGCUGGAGUGGUUAGGUUGGAGAGGCGGCGCAGCUCGGAGCCAGUCACCCAAUUUUUACUCUUCAGCUCCACUCCAUGAGAUAGAGUGCCGCCACUAUCUGAUUCCUCCACCCGAAGCUGCCCUGAUUUCCUUCCUCUGAGCUGUGCCGCCUCAAUGACCUUGCCACUCCAGCGCCGUGCUUUGCCACCUGCCGUCUUUGUUCUUCUAAUUCGUGUUGUCUUCUCCUGGAUCUCUCAAGGUACUGUGUAGAGGGCAGGCGUGCUUCUAAACUCCCAACUCCUUGGCUCUUGCUGCCUUCUGCACAAAUGGAUUGUUUCGACCUUAAUCUGAUGUGUAUUUAGUUGAUGAUCAGCUUGAAUCCGGGAACAAAGAAGGUCCAUGGCAUGUGCUGCUUACAGUAUCAGGGGCCAUCUCAAGCUCGCCAGCGGGCAUGGCCUGUAUGCCCUGGCCAAUGAUCGCCUGUCCAGCAGCUUGAAACCUUCGGUAUCUUAUCCUUCUUCUCGGCAGUGGAGUAAUAUCUCUAGCAAUGCAGCACAACACACCGCCCGCCAUUCUCACUUGAUUGUCGGCAAUUCAGAAAGAUGGCGCUCAAGCUUGAAAGCUUCACUGGAGGAUGGUACUAUUGUUGCUGAAGGGAGGAUAACUGUAUUGGUCAUUGGUGGUGGAGGAAGGGAGCAUGCACUUUGUUUUGCUUUGAACCGUUCACCUUCUUGUGAGGCAGUUUUAUGCACCCCUGGUAAUGUUGGUAUUGCUCAAUCUGGAGAUGCGGUCUGUAUCUCGGACUUAGACAUCUCCAAUAGUGAUGCUGUUAUAUCUUUCUGCCACAAGAGGGGAGUGGGAAUGGUGGUAAUAGGUCCUGAAGGUCCUCUUGUUGCGGGCCUUACGAAUGACCUUGUUAAAGCUGGGAUACCAACCUUUGGUCCUUCAUCGGAGGCUGCAGCUUUGGAGGGAUCAAAGGACUUUAUGAAGAAGCUGUGUGAUAAGUAUAAUAUCCCAACUGCUCAGUAUCACACAUUCACGGAUCCCGCGAAAGCUAAACAAUAUGUCCAGGAUCAAGGGGCCCCUAUUGUUGUUAAAGCCGAUGGAUUGGCUGCUGGAAAAGGCGUCGUUGUUGCUAUGACUUUGGAUGAGGCAUUUGAAGCAAUAGACUCUAUGCUGGUUGAAGAGUCAUUUGGUCCUGCUGGUUCACGGAUCAUUAUUGAGGAGUACCUAGAGGGUGAAGAAGCCUCAUUCUUUGCACUAGUAGAUGGUGAAAAGGCGUUGCCACUUGAAUCAGCACAGGAUCACAAAAGAGUUGGUGAUGGUGAUGUUGGCCCAAACACAGGUGGUAUGGGUGCAUACUCCCCUGCUCCAAUAGUGACGGAAGAACUUAAGCACACAAUUAUGGAAACCAUAAUUAUUCCAACUGUUAAAGGUAUGGCUGCUGAAGGAUGCAAGUUUGUUGGUGUAUUAUAUGCUGGGCUUAUGAUAGAAAAAAAAUCUGGUCUGCCUAAGCUUAUUGAAUACAAUGUGCGAUUUGGGGAUCCUGAAUGCCAGGUUCUGAUGAUGAGAUUAGAAUCCGAUCUUGCACAGGUUCUGCUAUCUGCAUGCAAAGGGGAACUUGGCAAGGUUUCGCUAACCUGGUCACCCGAAAUCGCAAUGGUAGUUGUGAUGGCAAGUGAAGGAUACCCUGGCUCUUAUAAGAAGGGAACUGUAAUAAAAAAUAUCGACAGGGCCGAGCAGGUUUCUCCAGCUGUUAAGAUAUUCCAUGCUGGAACAGCUUUGGAUGGAGAUGGGAACCUUGUAGCUGUUGGAGGCCGAGUUCUUGGUGUCACUGCAAAGGGCAAGGACAUUGAAGAAGCGAGGGCAAGGGCAUAUGACGCAGUUGAUGUUGUUGACUGGCCAGAAGGAUUCUUCAGGCGGGAUAUCGGUUGGAGGGCACUGAAACAAGAGCAGCCGGCUAACUACUGAUGAGGUUCCCUAAAAACUAUGGUGAGCAUCUAGUGUCAAGUGAAAUGAAGAUUAACUCCUGGAACAUUACCAUGAUUUAUGGUGGUCUUUUUUUUUUUUUGACAAUAUGAUUUAUGGUCGUCUUGUAUUGUUUCACAUGGCAACAUGCUAGGUGCAGUUGCCUCUUCUUUUUUU